AUGAAUGAUGGGGAUAAUAGCAGGAUGAUUCAGAAAAAAUUAAAUCCAGGAACAGUUAUUGCAGGCAAAUAUAAAUUAUUGGAGAAAAUUGGAGCAGGAUCUUUUGGGAUGGUCUUUAAAACUUAAAACUUAAAAAAUGGGGAAUUGAUUGCAACUAAGUUUGAAAAAAGGGAUGAGAGUUAAAAAGGUGUAAGUUUACUCAUUAGAGAAAUCAAAGUAUUGUAGGAUGUAAAAGGAUUAAAGGGCUUUCCAUAAUUAAAAUUCUAUGGCAGAGACGACCAUUACAACUUCUUUAUGGAAUCCUAUUUAGGAAUGAACUUAGAAUAGCUAAUGAGAAAAUGUGGUGGGAAAUUUACCCAAAAUACAGUGUUGAAGAUUGGUCUCCAAUUGUUAGAAAGAGUUUAGGCAUUUCACGAAAAAAACCUAAUUCAUAGGGACAUCAAACCAGAAAAUUUCACAAUUGGUCGGCAAGAUUGUUGUCAAAUUUACGUUAUUGAUUUCGGAUUAUCUAAGUAUUAUCGAGAUAGUAAUGGGAAGCACAUUCCAUUUGUCAGCAACAAAGGAUUGAUUGGUACAGCCAGAUAUGCUAGCGUGAAUGCUUUAAUAGGAAAUGAGUAAUCCAGAAGAGAUGAUAUUGAAUCACUAGUGUACGUGCUCAUUUAUUUCUAUCUGGGGGAAUUGCCUUGGUAAAAUAUACAGGUAGUAAACAAAGAAGAUAAAUAUAAGAAAAUCUUAUAAAUGAAAUAGAACAAUUCCUUGGACAAGUUAAAUGACUUGCUCCCAAAAUCUCUAGUAAAAAUGUUAAAAAUAUCAAAAUCAUACGAAUUCCAAUAGACUCCAGAUUAUAUAGGCUUAAAAAAACUUUUAUAAGAUGAUUUAACUACUGAUACUAAAUUUGAUUGGGAGAAAAUACAAGGACUCUUUUCAGAUAAAGAGAGCUUGAGUGUGUCUAUUGAUGUUUAAUCAAACUCAAAUUAAUUUGAUGAUUUGAUUGAUAUCUAACCUGGUUUGCAGAAUUCAAUGUGUAAAGUGCCAUAAUAAGAAACCAAAUUUAUAAAUGGUAGAUUAGAUAAUAGUCGGAAAAACAUUAUUUAUUUGGAAGUUCCAAAGAGAAAUUCUAUAAUAAUUGAGGGAGCUUCUAGUCCAGUUGGAACGAUAGCUUCCUUCAAUACUUCAAAAAUGAAUCACUACGAGGGAUCAAAUAGAAAUCUUGCUUCUUACAAAUAAUUUAUUGAUGUUUAAGUCUAAUCCUUAGAAAAUGAAUAUGAUGAUGAUUAUAUACCAAAUUAAGACGAUUAGCCUUGUCUAUUUGUUAGAAAUUUGGUAAUAGGCUCUAAGGUCCAUCAUUGA